UUUCUGUUUUUCUUCCCAGAUCCAAAUAUUUUAGAACAUGCUCAAGAGGCGAGCAUUUAACGAUAGAGGGGGAAAGCCCAGGAAGCAGUCACAGGCCUCUUACUGAGGAAGAAAUCAUGGACCUAAGAGAGAGGCAUUAUGAUUCUAUUGCUGAGAAACAGAAAGAUCUUGAUAUGAAAAUUCAAAAAGAGUUAGCCUUACAAGAAGAGAAGUUAAGACUAGAAGAGGAGGCUGUGUACGCUGCCCAGCGCGAAGCAGCCAGGGCAGCAAAGCAGCGAAAGCUCUUGGAGCAGGAGAGGCCGGGCGCCGUUCCCGGAUGCCGCCCCGCCAGCGGAGCUGAGGGCCCCAGCUCAGGACCAGAAGACGACUUCGAAUCUUGUUUGCGAAACAUGAAGUCACAGUAUGAAGUGUUUCGAAGCAGCAGACUCUCUUCAGAUGCCACCGUUUUGACACCAAAUACAGAAAGCAGUUGUGACUUAGUGACCAAAACCAAAUCGACGAGUGGAAAUGACGACAGCACGUCCUUGGAUCUGGAGUGGGAAGAUGAGGAAGGCAUGAAUCGGAUGCUCCCAGUGCGCGAGCGCUCUCGGACGGAGGAGGACAUCCUGCGGGCGGCGCUCAGGGGCGGCCGGAGGCCCGGGAGCCACGCCGCGUCCGCCUCCGACGACUCCAAUGGGCUGGAGUGGGAGAGCGACUUCGUGAGCGCCGACGUGGACGACAACGGCAACUCCGAGUUCUCUGGCUUCGUGAACCCCGUGCUAGACCUGUCGGAGCCCGGCGGGCAGCCAGUGGGCGGAGAGCCACAGACGCGAGGGGGUCAGAUCUUGUGACCCAGCUUGGCAGGUGGGACCCAGUGUAACCCCAGCGAGAACGUGUAAAUCAUGCUGAGCCUUGGCAUCGGAGGUGGGAGCCGUAUACAUGCUGUCGGAAAGGACCGGAGAUGGGCUGGAUCUGAACUGCUUCAGAACAAGUGCAAUUUCAGCAUCUGCCUUCGUUUUCAAAACAAGUUCAUGGUUCUGUCACGGUAUCAAGUACAUUCCCGUUUGCAGUCUGUAGGUGUUCUUUUUAGGAUAGCUUUGUUGGUUUACUUAGUGUGUCUGCAGAAGCUUAUUCAGUGACCGACUGCAAGUGUUAAGGCUUUGGGUGUUACGCUCAGCAGACAGAGGGAGCAGAGGAUGGAGCGCCCAGCUCAGACUCAAUGCCGGUCCCGCUCCGCAUGCCUGUCCCGCAGCUCACUCACCACCUGGUCGUAGCGGUUACUCCAGGAGGCGACUCGAAUGCUCACGUGUCAUUCUCUGUCCACACUGACUGCACAUCCACGUAGGAGAUGACAGGACAGAGGAAGCUUCCCGAGUUGGAACACUUGAAGUUGGUGAUCAGGAGUAAUUGAAGAUGAAUGUUCACUUCCUUUUACAUGCGCUACACAUGAAUGUUGACUUUAGUUGAUAUAUUAAAUUUCUAGAUGUCUUUUUUAUUUCCAGUGACUGGUCUUAGAAAGAUCUUAUUCUCUGCAUCAUUUAAUAAGAAAGGAAAACCUAACAAGGAAAUACGGGUAUUUCAGAGUAAAUAAAUCCUUUCUGGUGUGAAAGGAUCUGUGGAUUUCUAUUGAGUUUCCUUUGCCUUGUAAUUCAAGGUGCACUAAUGGGCUGGAAUUAAGUCCAUCAAUAAAUACAAUUCCUCUUUGUGGUGGACAGUGAGCUCUUUCCUCUCAAGGUUAGGCACCAACUUCAGAGGCCAAGGAGACGCCUAGUGGCUUGUCUGGAUUUUGCUGAGAAUUGAUGUGAUUUCAGUCAGCAAACUUGAUUUUUUCCUCAGUGCUUUUUCCUUUUCUUUUUCUUGCGACAAUGACAGUGCAUGUUCUCAAGACGAUAGGAAGGCCCAGGUGUAAAUAGCGACUCGGAUUCUUUCUGCACUUAACGCAUCACGUGGUCCUUUCAGUGUCUGAGCUGCUCGGCAAGGGCAUCUGUGGUUCUGUCACUUUAUCUCAUAGACCUACACACGACACUAAGUAUGUAGACAUGUUCGGUAAUGCUUUUGUUUAUGUCUGUGUUCGCAUAAUUUACGUUGUAGCUAUGUCAUGGGAAAUAUUUUAAAGGUAAUCUAUACUCACACUGCCUGUUAUGCUUUUUGAAGUUUAUAUACAUCUGAUGUAUAUUCUUUGUUUGGCAUAGGCUACAAUUGUAAUUUUUUUGCAUUUUGUUCAUAAAAUAUUUUUUGGAGGAAUGGCAGCUUGUUGAGGAUUGUGAAUAAACACAUUUUUACAUUUAAAAACUAA